AUGUUUAUUUUGUAUAGAUAAGUGACUCAUUACAGGGAUUGUACAAUUUUAAAGUGAAGGAUUCAUUUAAUAAUAUUAAAUAGUAUCUCUUUCAUAAGGAUUGUAAAUUGUAGAUUUUAUAUGAAAAUUGCGUUCGCAGUUAAGAAAUAUCAAACAUGUCGACGCCAGUAUUAGAAUCUUGUUGGUCACCAUGUAUUUGGGCGUCAACUGUAAAAAGCGGCAGCAGGGCAGUUGCAGUGUACACAAUUGCUAUGGGAUUGAUACUGAUAACCUUUAUAGCAUAUCAGAUGGCUGGAGGUGAUUCAACACAGCUUUGGAACCCUCUGUUUGAAGCUGAUGUCAGAGGAUCACUUCAAGUAUUUGGGAUUAUAUUCAUAGUGAUAUUGGUAACACUUAUUGUGUCGUCGGUUUUAAUGGUGAUUGGUAUUAACAUAUGGAUGAGAGGUCUAAUGUUGCCGUGGCUCAUAACUAUGGCUCUCAUCAUUCUGUUCCAGUUCGUGUUCGGCUUAUGGCUUAUAGGGGGAUAUUAUAUAUAUCUGGAUGCAACUUUUGCAGCGCUUCUAGAUUUCCUUUGGAUGUCAUACAAUAUCUACUGCUGGUUAUGUGUACUAUCACAAUAUCAGAUAAUAUUACAAAUGCAAUCGCCGAACAUCGAAAUACUAGUUGAAUACUAGCAACACUGACACAGAUAAUAAAAUAUAGAUAAUAAAAUAUAUAUAAUUAUGUGUUCAUAAAAAAAAAAUGAAGUAAGCUUAAUAGUUUGUUAUAGUGUCCAGUUUUGUUUGACCUUAAGAAACUUACCGUCCGUAUGAGCUCAUGGUAAUUUAAGACAAGUGUACAAGUAUUGCACUUCCUAUAUUUGUUAUCAUCACAAUACUUAAUUACUGAAAGUAUUGCAGUUACACAUCAAAAUGUGAGUUCCAUUCAUUCCUAUUUUAAUGUUUUUGUGGUCGUUGUGAGAAAAAUUUAUAUUUCUACUCAAACAUUUCAUUAAGUUUUACAAAAUAACAUUGUGACAAAUUAAUUACAAAUUAGUAUAGGUUUAAAGGAUAUAUGUAAUUUUAUUAUAAGGUUGAUAACCUCUGAUGAAUCCGUCCAGUAAUUUAAUAAAAAUAAAGCUGUAUAUUUAAAUAUAGUUAAUUCCGUUCAGUAACAAAGCACGUGUAGUAAGAAUAGCUAAAUAUUUAAUUAAGAGAAUAGAAAUGACGUCUGCUCUUUGAUAAGCGCCUAGUAGAAUUUAUCUUUGCCUAGUUGUUUUUUCAUACCAAAUUGAACAGUUUUAGCAUAACUUAGUUAUUAACUUGAACAUAACAUAACCUUAGAAUAGUUGACUUAAAAACUUAAAAAAAAAACCUGUAAGUCUUUAACAACAAUUCUGUAAAUUUCAGACUUAAUCUUAAUUUCUUUCCUAUAUCUUUAUCAAAUUCAGUUAAAUUACUACUAUCUAUAUACCUUUCUUUGUACAUCAAGCAAUCGUGUUAGGAAUUUUUAAAUUAUGUCGACUUAUUAAUAGUUCCGUGUUAUAGUAAUGUCUGUCUGUCCGUGUGACGUUUUUACGUGAAUUUAUUGUUGAGACGUGUGUCGCCACCGACCAAUUUUUUUAAUACAUUUAUACAUUAAAUAAUAAAUCGUUUACAAAAUA